GUAGCAGACGAAUUUUGUCUCGUCGUAAUUUAGUUUGUUUUGAAGACGCAAAUAUGUCUUCCUUGUUAUUAUAUUUAAAUAUUUGAAAUUAUAUUAAAUAGUUUAAUUUUGACUUCUGGGGUAUUUUGCCACCUUUUUUUGUGGUAUUCAUUCAUAAUUUCAUUAUGGAGAAACCAUAUACCUGUGAAUUUUGCCACAAAGGCUUCCAUACAAAAUCUUAUUUCCUUUCACAUCGACUGGCUCAUACUACCAAGAAUGAUAAGCACUAUGCCUGUGAUCAAUGCAAUAAAAGUUUUACUCAGAAUCGUAAUUUGCAACGACAUCGUUUGACACAUACCGGUGAUAAACCGCAUGUUUGCGAACUUUGUGACAAGAGUUUCGUGUUCAAACAUGCUUUAGUCAUUCACAGAAUGACACAUAUGGAACAAAAGCCACAUGUGUGUGAAAUAUGUGGCAGAAGUUUCGCUCAAGUAUGUAACCUCAAUCAGCAUCUUAUAACUCAUUCAGACCUUAAACCUUAUGUUUGUGAAGUGUGUGAUAAAGGUUUCAGACAAAGAAGUGUUCUGACUGCACAUCGCUUAACCCAUACUGGAGAAAAGCCUUAUAAUUGUGAUGUAUGUAGCAGAGGUUUUGUUACAAAAAGUAAACUUAGUAGACAUUACUUAACUCAUACUGGUGUUAAACCAUAUACAUGUGAUAUAUGUAACAAGGGUUUCAAAUAUAAAAGUGUUUUAGAUGCUCAUGUUCGAACUCACACAGGGGAGAAACCACAUGUCUGUGAAGUGUGUGGUAAAGCUUUUACUCAACUAAAUCAACUUAUUAGGCAUCGCUCAGUUCAUUCGGAUGAAAAACCAUUUGUGUGCGAGAAAUGUAAUAGAGGUUUCAGUCGUCAGUCUUAUCUCCAAAAUCACAUGGCAACUCGCUGUGAUGACAAAAAUUAUAUUUGUAAAGUAUGUAAUAGAAGAUUUUCUCAAUCUUAUACUCUCAGAAGACAUAUGCGCUUUCAUACAAAAACUAAAUCGUUUGUUUGUUCACAGUGUAAUAAAGCCUUCAUUGAUAAGUUUAGUCUUGCAAAGCAUGAGCGUAUUCAUUCUAGAAAAAAGGUUAAAAAAGAAUCUGAAAUUGUUGAUUCAGCAGAUGAUUCAUCUACAAAUCCAGUUGAGGAUUUAUCAACAAAACUAGAUUCUUAACAAAGGGUUUAUUUCUUCAUUAUUGUGUGAUCUAUUGUUAUUUUUUAUUUUGUCAGCUCAGACAAAAUAUAGCAUUUAUAUAAAUCUUGUGAUUUUCUUUAAGUAAUUUUACCUGUAAAGAAUUUUGGAUAUUUUUCUCUUAACUGGUUUCAGGUGAGCUAUGACAAAUCUUGAAAAUUGUUGUUAUGGGCAAAUCUAAAUAUAAUGAUUACAAAAUUCUAGAGUACAGAAUUUUUUGAGUAUUAUUUUGCAUUAUUUAUUUAUGGAAUUUAUUAAUUAAUGAUUUUUAAUUCUUUCUAUUAAUCUGACAUAAAUCAUAAUUUCUCAUGCUUGAAAUAUUUUUUCAAUAUUAAACUACUAUUUAAUGAGUAGUUUCUAUUUUUAUAGACCUCAUAAUGUAAGGGAAAUUGAAUAGAAAAUAUGUUUUGCUAUGUUUCCAGAUUUCAAUUUUCAUUAAAAAAUAUGUUAAAAAUAUGUAUGUUUGACAUUAAACUUACCACAAGUGACCACUGAGCAAUAGUACUUGUAAUGUAUUAGUGAAAUGGUGGUACCUGCAGUGUUAAAAUAAAAUUAACAAUCAGAUUUCAAAUCACCACAUUGGUGAUAAAUGCUAGUGUUAAUGGAAUAGCACCAUUGGAACAAUUGGGGUUUAGUGCUAAUCGAAUAGCAAAAUCCAAGCAUUGCAGCAAUUGGGGUUUUACUAGCAGAAAAGUGUCAAAUUUUAUCCUGAGAGAUGGGGAAUUUAAGUUCACAAUUAUUAAAUUAUAUACUUUAGUAAGUUUAAUUUUUAGUUAUCAUCCUAGAAAAAUCAAAUAUUUAAUGGAGUUAGACUUGAGAAAGCUUCCUUAUGGAUUUUGCAAAUGUAAUAUAUGAAAAAGAAUUAAAUUCCUUGUUCUAUCAUAUUAAAGAUGUAAUAAAUUGGUAAAUCCUAUAUUUAAAUAUGCUAAGAAAUUAUUGCAUUUAUAGUAGAUAUUUGGGAGUAUUAUAGUAAAGUGAGAUUUUUCUGUUCUUUGUUUUUUUUUUAAUAGUAAAUUGUUCAAAGCAUCAUUUGAUACUUUGGGAUUAUCCCGUCAACCUGUCAAAGCUAGCGAAAAUGCACCAAUCCUCGCAAAAUGUGCCAAAGGAUUUUCGAAUUUGCGCAGAAGCUACCUUUUAUCGAUAAUAGUCAACGGGAUAAUUCCAAAGUACCAUUAUUUUGUGCCUUUUACACCCUUUGAAUGUAAAUAGUAUUAAUUCAGACUUUGUUUACUAUAUUUGUAUUUGAAGGUUGUUUUUAAACUAAAACUGCUUUUAAUAAUUAUUGUUUGUUAUUGAAUUUUGAGAAUGAAUGUUCAACAAUAACUUCUUUAUUCAAAAUUAUUAGAAACAUUCAUAUUUAUUAUAGAAGAUAAUGUAAUCAUGUGGUCAUAAAAUCUUGAUUUAGUUUUUACUGUAACUGUCUCAAAUAUGAUUUAGAGCUUAAAGGGAAGGUGAUAAUGUAAUGGAAGCUUAAAAUUUAUUGAUUGUAUUAGUAAUAUUAAAUUUUGUUUCAGAUUCAUUAGAACUUUCUCCUACUAAAAUUUGCUGAAUCCACAACAUUAAACAAUAGUAUUGAAGAUGCAUUUUAUGAGAAUAAAUUUUUCUAUGAUCCUUCUUGUGCCUUUGUAUGUAGGAAGUUUAUGCAAUAUGUUAAAGAAAAAGGUUGAAAAGGAAUUGACCAUAAUUCUGAUAAUAGUAUGUAAAGAAGUAUGUUAAAGAUAAAGAAUGAAAGAGAUUGUUCUUAAUUCUGAUAAUAUAUUAAUAAGCAAUUCAUGAAAUUCAAUUUUAAACACUUCCGACAAAAAUUCGUUAACUUUACUUCAUACCUGUGAGCCAUUUUUUUUUUUUUUUUUUUUUUUUUUUUGAUAAGGCAAUAUUGUAGAUUUUCUACAUAUUUUGUAUUUUCAAUAUCAGACCCAACCAGAGACCAAUUCAGAGGCAUAGAUAUCCCAGGUGCUAGUCUUUGGAAACAUCAUGAAAUUAAAACAUUAUUGAAAAAUGCCACUUUUAAAAAAUAAAUAUUAUGGCAAGGUGAAAACUAAUAUCAUGCCUUGGGUGCAGUUUACUCUUACAAAUCACUGAUAGUGAUCAGUGAUGAAAAUAACAUUGUAUACUACAGGUGCCAAUUACCUAUGCUAUGCCACUGCAUUAAUGAUUAAUGCUUUUGUAUGUCAAGCAUGAUAAUUUAGCUUUUGUAUGUCAAGCAUGAUGCUUGACAUACAAAAGCUAAAUUGUUCAGCACUGAGGUUUGACUUAGUAAUAUGAUGUGAUCUUAUUUGCUUUUCAUUAAAGUAUGAAUUGUUAAAUGUUUUAAAAGAAAUUUAUAUCCUUUUGUUACUAUUGCAUGGCAGGAAGUUGUAUUAAAGAUAAUUUUAAUAGAUAUUUCAACAAUGAUUCAAUUUUCUUUAAUUUAUAAAAUUGCUAGAUAGAUUAAUUAAAGUAAUUGAUGAAUUUUUGAAGCCAUCAAAACUUUAUUUUUAUCGAAAAUAAAAAUGAAUCAUGAU